AGCUAGGUGCUGAGACCCCCUCAUUAUGGUCACUUGUUUAUGUACGGAGGUACCGAAGGAUGUAGCAGAGGAAUAGUCACUCAAGUAGUAGGUAAGGGCUGGCAGAUAGAAGAGAUGGACAACAGGUCAGACGAGUGGAGUUCACUCAGAGUUAUGUCACCAGCACAGUUUACAUCUGCCAAGCAGUGGACAUGAUUUCCAGUUGAUUAAGCAGACUACAGAUCUGACACCUGGAUUACGUGUUUAAUUCUGUAUUUGCAAGAGCACCUACUGGCCAGGCAGAGCAUCUCACACACGCAAUGAAAGGAGAAAGAAGUGCACCUAACAGAGGCAGGAAUUGGAUACACAUACAGUAAAUAGAAGCCCAACAAAAAAUACAUACAGUAUGAAGGCUGAGAUCGAUCAAGGAUGUGCCAUUUUGACAAAGGUGCACUGUAGUCUUCAACAACAUUUCCAGGCCAACAGUGGAUGGUGAACGAUAAUAGACAAGUCAUUCAGAAAAAGGCAAUCCGGUCCAUAGACAGCUUUAGAUAUGAAGGGAAAUGCAACUCAGCCUCUUCUCAUCAAUCUCCUGCUAGAAAGAUCACUUUAAGGAACUUGUGCAAAUGAUACGAUAGAGACCAGGAUUAAGAAGAUGACCCUUUCCAGCUCCACAUUUCUGUGACACAUCAGAUCAAGUGUCUGCUGUAAUCUUCUCCCCAAUCCACCGUACUUGGGGAAUGAUGUUGAAUAAUAAUCUGAGCCUAGCAAAAAAUGUGACCAACAUUCAUUCUGCAACCUUGGGCCUAGUGUUAGGGAGCAUAUCAUUUUUUACGGUUAUCAUGAACAUUUUGGUAUUGUAUGCUGUAAAAAUUGAACGCAAAUUGCACACUGUUGGAAACCUCUACAUUGUGAGCUUGUCUAUUGCUGAUCUUAUAGUGGGCGUUGCAGUCAUGCCACUUAACAUUGUGUAUCUCCUCAACCAUGAUUGGAUCCUUGGAAGGCCAACAUGUCUCUUUUGGUUGUCUAUGGACUAUGUUGCUAGCACAGCCUCUAUCUUCAGCCUUUUUAUCCUGUGUAUUGAUCGCUAUCGCUCCAUCCAGCAGCCGCUGCAGUAUUUGAAGUAUCGUACGAAAACUAGGGCUUUGGUCAUGAUCUCUGGAGCCUGGCUCCUCUCAUUGACUUGGAUAAUUCCUAUAUUGGGCUGGCACGUAUUUGCAAAUGGUGGAAUUAGAUCAGUGUCGGAACAUAUGUGUGAAACAGAGUUUCAUAAAGUGACUUGGUUCAAAGUUCUCACAGCCAUAUUGAAUUUUUAUAUACCAUCUUUGCUAAUGUUGUGGUUCUAUGCCAAGAUAUACAAAGCUGUGAGAGAACAUUAUCAACACAGGGAACUUAUUAAUGGCUCUUUUCAAUUGUUCUAUGAUAGCAAGUUUGUCCAGAAUGUCAAAAUACUAAAAAAGCCAAGGAACUGUGUAAAGAAACAGUGCAGUAAUGGAUCUCUAAUGGUGCCAGGGACAAGCCUUCACAGUCAUUACGCAUCAGUUGCCAAUGUAUUUCCGAAACAAAAAAGCUCACAUGAACAGUUUCAUAUAGAAAACUUUGAGGGUCAGCAAACAUUCAGCCCAUGUGACAAUAAGGUUGUCAAGCUGCAUUGUUUCCCUUUAACCAUAAUACAAGCAAAUCCGGAAGAAUGCAGAAACUAUGUUACCGUAAGCAGGAAAAAUAUUAAAGAACACUUCCCUGAAAACCUGGAGGUGACCGAAAUAUCAGAAGAACAGACUUUUGCUGAGGCUGGUUCUUGUAUCUUACAAUCAAACCAAAUGGGGGAGAACCACACUGAAAACACAGAAAGUGCUGAAACCCGUCAAUCGGGCAAUUUUGGCUACCUGAAGCACACAUGGCAAAGGAUCCGCACACAAUCCAAGCAGAAUUUCAAUGGACUUCAUAUGAACAGGGAAAGAAAAGCUGCCAAGCAGUUGGGUUUCAUAAUGGCAGCGUUCAUGUUGUGCUGGAUCCCAUAUUUUGUUCUUUUCAUGGUCAUAGCAUUUUGUCAAGACUGCUUCAACCACAACAUUCACAUGUUUACCAUAUGGCUCGGCUACAUCAACUCAACUCUAAACCCCUUGAUCUACCCCCUGUGUAAUGAGAACUUUAAGAAGACAUUUAAGAAGAUAUUUCAUCUUAGGUUAAACUGUGGUACAAAGGAAAAGUGCACGUCUUGUACAUAUAAAUGAACUCGGAACGUUCUUCGAUGGUCAUGAAAAAAUCAGUGUUAAUUUCACAGCUCUCAAGAGGAACUUUUCCUUGGGAUAGCUUAGACUUUCCAUGGGUUGUGUCUGGUGUCUCAUUUACUUAUUUUUAUUUAUGAACAUUGUAUAUUUUAGUCAUGUCUGAGAAAAUUAGAAUUAAAUAUAAUCUUAAUGUAUCGGGUGAGGAUUAAGAAGUAUAAGAAAUUGCAAGGGUUUAUCCCUUGAGAUACAUGUGAACAUUAUCAAUUGAAGUAAAGAGAUUCAUGGGAUUUUCUCUAAAGGCAUAAACUGGAUGAAUCCGCUGAAGCAUAACGAUAAAGCCAAAUAGAAAAAAGCAUUUAAUGUAUGAGCGGAUGUCAUGGUCUUCGGGGUCUAUUUUCCUUACUGCUUUCUAUUCAUUAAUUGUAAACAACACAUAAAAAAAACAACAACCUAAAAUCUGUCAUAUGAGACUAAACAUUUAAAUUUGUUGUACUUCUGUUCUACUUCUGACAUGAUCUGCUAAUUUGGAUUGUCCCCUUUUUGUUACCCAUUUUGUUUAUGAAAAGCCUUCAGUCAUCAAUUGUAUAUGGCCAUCUGCAACAUAUGUCCAUGUGUAAUAAGAGAACUACCGGUAGUUUUUAGGCUGAAUAUUAUGGGAACAUACACAUUUAGUAUUUACACUGUGUACAUUGUGCAGUAUAUAUUUUCCUGUGAUACUUAAAGGGGUACU